CCAAUAAACGGUUAGAGAGGGUGGGUCGGGAAGGGGCGGAUUUUUUCCCCCCACCGCAGCACUAUCGCGAGAUUACAACCAGGAAGACGAGAAGCAAGAUGGCGGCGUCUAGUGUCAAUCCUUUCCUCAGCGACUCGGAUGAGGAGUCCGAGAGAAAAUCGCGGAGAGGCAAAGAGGUCGGCGCGCCGGGUCUACCGUUCUCCGCCGCACACGUCCCCACGCUGCCCCUGUCACCUCAGCAGGAAGCGGGUUUCGGUUACAGCGGUGGCGGGGUCAGGGAGGCGGCGGUCGGACUGCCGCUGGGGGCAGAGCCGCCUCGCGUUCCCCUGGAUACCAUCGCGGCCCAGCUGCUGCGAGACCAGUACAUUCUCACCGCCUUGGAGUUCCACACCGAGCUGCAGGAGGCAGGCAGGGAGCUGCCCCGGCUCCGCGAUUACUUCUCCAAUCCCGGCAAUUUCGAGAGGCACACGUCCACUCCCCCCAAGGACCUGGCUCCUGCGCCCGGGCAACUCAACAAGGUUAAUCUGACAAUGAUCAGGGCAAUGAAUGAGAACCAUACAGAUCGAGCUGGCAGUAUAAGCACCUUAGAUUCUUUGGAUUUUGCUCGGUAUUCUGAUGAUGGUAAUCGGGAGACUGAUGAACGGGUGGCAGGCAGGACCUGCACACAGCCUCCGAUUACCCGGGAACGCGCUGGGUCCUGCUCUCACCUGGACACUGGACCGAAAGAACCCCCACUCCGAGCCAAGAGACCGCCACAGGCCUGCUCUGACACAGCACCAUGCCAGGCUAAGAGACCACCACAGGCUGCCAAAAAAGUCGCCCUCGCCGAACUGAGAGGCUGCCACUUUGGCUCCUGGCUGAGGCCGGGAGUUCAGGACAUUGCCAAGAAGAAAGAAGAAAACAAAUAUAAAGAAAGAAACAGUCAGAGCAUACGAGCUCCAAAUGAAGCAUCCUACUCAGCCGCCAUCUUAAAAAAAAUUGUCAAAGUACAUUCCAAAACAUUUCACAUUGAAUAUUAUAGGAAGUACAGCUUAUCUCCGUAA